AACACAGGAAACAGGAAAUGAUGAAACAGGUCAUGGCUACUGUUCCUGUUUUUGAAAUGUUUGAAUCUGAGAGAGUGUAAAAGUUCCGCAUUUAUUUAGCAGUUAUUCCUACCAGAAUUAAAGUGCUUACGGACCAGGAUCAACGCCGAUACGCGCAAUGUCUGCUUCGCUCCCUCAGAAGGCUCUUGGUCCAGGUAUGCCUGUCAUGCCCCCUCAGCAGCAGACACACCUGCCUCCUGGCCUCGCGCAGCCGGGGAUGCCCCCACAAGGUGCCCUGCGGGAAAUCUCUCCUGUUUACCUGUGCCGCAUCGGUCAGGAGACGGUCCAGGACAUCGUCACGCGCACUAUGGAGAUCUUUCAGAUCACACGGGCCACCCAGCUUCCCAAUGGUGUGACACAGAGUCAAGCAGCGUAUCAGGACCGCUUUGGGAAGCUGCAGGAGCAUCUGCGUCAGCUGACACUGCUCUUCCGUAAGCUGCGUCUACUGUAUGAACGCUGUGCAGAAUUGACGCCUGACCUCCAGGAGUCUCCAGCUGAGCUGAUUCCGUAUGUGGGAGAAGAGGCGACUCCUGUGAGAGCGGAGCCGUGCAGCCCAGCUGUUAUUCAGGAGAGACAGGAGGUUCUAGAGAAAGUGAGGCAGAAGAACCAGGAGAUGAAGGUGCUAAUGGAUCAGAUGAGGAACCUCCUGUGGGACGUCAAUGCCAUGCUCACCAUGCGAAAAUGAAAGUGGACAUCUGACCAUCUUCCGUGAAUCCUCAUCUAUGGU